CCACGUGAAUUUGAUACGAGUUCAUUGGUUAGCAGUUGGAUGAUACCAGUUUCAGUUUUAGGGUCGGUGUUCGACAUUUCGACUCGAAGUCGAAUUGACAACUACUUCGUCGUCUGAUGACCAAAGAUGAUAUCUUCCUUUCUUGCCUUGCCAUCUCUCUGUGGCUCAAAAGGGCUUUAUAGACAGAUACCCUAGAUCAAAAUCGAAAAUUAAUCGGAUUGGUUCCUUUUUCUGGAAAAAAAAAGAGGUUUAGGGUUUCGAUAUAUUUGUACGUGAAUUAGUUGAUAGAGGUUGUGAGAUUUUGCAGGAAGUUUUGAUUUUUCCCCUUGUGUGGAAGGUUUUGUGUUAGGGUUUUGUAAGAAUAGAUGGCGGUAUCAGGAGGAGAAGAAGAAGCUGAGUAUGAGAGUGAUCCAGAGGAGUCGAUGCCUCUAGGUAUGCGGAGAAGGGAAGCGAGUGAUGAUGACGGAGAUGGGGAGGACAGAGAAAAGCCGCCGAGGGCUGAUCCGAGAACUGUCGUUUGUUCGGAUGCUGAAUCUGAUGGUCAGGGUGGGGCACCGGCGUAUGAUGAGGAAGAAUCGGAGCUAGAGGAAGAGGAGGAAGAGGAGGAAGAGAUGGAAGAAGAAGAGGAAGUUGAAGAAAUAGAAGAGGAGGAAGAAGAGGAAUAUGAAGAGAGACGGAGGAAAGGCGGGCAUGAUGCCGGUGAGCUCGACGCUGCGGCUGCAGUGGCUGACUCUGGUGUGGAGGGGCGAAGAUCGGGCACAGAACCUUUGGGGUUUCGGGGUAAGAAUCAGCCGGAAGAGGAGAAGAAGGAGAAUGAGCCAUUUGCUGUUCCUACAGCCGGUGCUUUUUACAUGCAUGAUGACCGGUUUAGAGACAAUGGUGGCGGUCGACACAGGCGAACUCCUGGUGGGCGGAAGCUGUGGGAAUCAAAGGAUGACCAGAAGUGGGGGCAUGACAAGUUUGAAGAGAUGACUAUGCAGGAAGCGCAUUAUGAAGAGGAAAGGAGGACAUUGAAAGGCCGUAAUCGAGGUCGUGGUAGGAACAGGGCUAUGGACCGUGGGUACACGAGAAGGAACAGAUCCAGAGCCUAUGAAAAUGAUAACAAUCACAACCAUACUGCAAGGAGUGUGAGAGGUAGAGGGCCUAGAAGGUAUGAGCCUCCUCCAAAGAACAGCAGUGAGGUCCUGCCAACACAAAAUAAACAAUCCAGAAAAUCCACUGAAACCGCCUCAAAUACUAGUCCAGGAGGGAGACCAUUUACGCAGGCACCAAAUGUACCAUUCACACAGGCACCAAAUGCACAACCUGAUUCAGCUCCUCCAAGGAAGAAUGUUUUUGCAUCAAACUUGAAUUCUGCUUCACCUCCAUUUUAUCCUUCUAGCUCUUCCAAUCAAGACAUCUCUAUUACACAGAAAAGGGAUGUGCAAUCUGGAAAUACCAACAGGAGCCCUACAUCUUCUGUACUGAUGGAUGAAAAUCUUUCAGCACCACACUCCAGUGCAUUGCUUUGUGGGAAGACAGUUUCUGAUCCCAUUGGUCAGGACCAUCUUUACAUCGAUGAGUCCGCUCGGUCAGUUUCUGGGAAAUUGGCUAAUCUGCAAUUACAUACUUCUGGAGUUUCAACAAUUAAUUCAACACAACAACUGCCUCAGUCCAGAGCUCAGGGAAGAGGUAUUUCUAUCUCUGGACAGCUUAAUUAUCAGCCUACCCCAUCUUUUAACCAAGUCAACAGAGUUCCUGCACAGCCACAAAUCUCUUCUGUUCAGCCAAGGCCUAUUCAAAUCCCAGUUCAACCUUCUCUAAGAUCUACUCAACAGCUUGGUCAGCGUCCAGGCAGCGGAUCUCAAGCUGCUUCUCCACCUAAGGCUCCAUCAAGGGACUCACCAGAACCUGGAGAAACAGAAUUGUCACCAGAAUCAAGUAAAUUGAAGACUGCCUUGGUUGGAAAAGGGAAAAGCAGUGGUCAAGGAAGUGGAAGGGGCUCUUUUCUGUAUGGUGGAGCCCAGGUUAUUGGGGCUCAUGGUGAUCAAAGCUUUCCUGCUACCCCAGCACUUCUGCCAGUUAUGCAAUUUGGGGGUCAGCAUCCUGGUGGUCUUGGAGUUCCUGCUGUUGGUAUGGCGCUUCCUGGAUAUGUUUCACAACCACAGCUUGGUUUUGGAAAUUCAGAGAUGGCAUGGGUGCCAGUUUUGGCGGGUGCUGCAGGAGCUCUAGGGGCUACAUAUUGCUCGCCCUACAUUGCUGUUGAUGGUGGUUAUUAUGCUCGUCCGUCGGGGCAAACAUCUUCCAUGAGUGGGUCAGGCAAAGAAACUAGUACAAGCAAAACUAACAAUGUUUGGAAGCCUUCGCAGAAACCUGACCUUGUAAACGAUGAGUUUGGGCAACGACAAAAUAAGCCUCGCAGAUACUCAGAGAUGAACUUUGGCCAGUGAAAGUAUAUAGAAAAGAUUGAGAGUAUUUCAAUAAGCUUCUAAAGGUCUUCUUCUCGGCCCUUUGUGAUCUCCAGCUUUUGUUCUGGAGCACUUUGGGGAGCAAUCUGUCCCAAGAUAUGCUAGUGCAUGCUCUUCUCUUACUGUUUCAGUUUAUUAACGAACACCUGCUCAGGCUGUGGUUGAUUUGCGAGGAGCAUUGCAGCUUGACGGGUGGCAUUUCUUUCUUCAACUUUGUGGUUUUUCUUUGGCUUAUUACUUUCUUGCGAAGCUUGUAAGAAACGGGGGCGAGCUUCAAGAAUUAUAUAGUACAGAAAGAAUGGGGUGAAAAAUCAUGAGUGAAUUAUGCUGCUUAAUGAAGUUUGAUGGCUUUUGUUCCUGCCUUCGUCUAUGGUGGCGCCGUUCCCUUCUGUGAUCGAUCGUUUGAUGGUUUUUCUUCUCCUUUCUAGUUGCUGAUUGGAGAUGAUAUUUUCCUCCUGCGGGAACUUUUAUAUAAGCUAGUGUAGUUGUGUAGGUUUCUGUUUUGGUGGAAGACAUCUGUAACUGACUGAAUUCCUGAACUCAUGUUUGAUUUAGUAUUGAAAAAUAUUGUGUUGCUUUUAAUCAAUAGAAUGUUAUAUGCUUUAUCGUGUA